AUGAAUUCUAAAGACAAAAAGAAACGUCUUGUUAAUACAACAUCAAAAGAAAUAUGCCCUUUACAUUUAUUUUCUCAUGUUGACAUUAGACAUUUGCAGACUCAAAUUUUGCAUUGGUAUGAAUUGAACAAGAGAGACCUACCCUGGCGCAGGCGGGGUGCACAAGAGGAGGAUAGGAACCGCAGAGGAUACGCCAUCUGGGUUUCUGAGGUUAUGCUACAGCAAACACAAGUUGCUACAGUCAUAAAAUAUUACAAUAAAUGGAUGGACUGCUGGCCAACUAUGCAAGAUUUAUCUCAAGCUAGUUUAGAAGAAGUGAACAAAAUUUGGGCAGGUUUGGGAUAUUACUCUAGAGCAAAAAGAUUACACGAGGCUUGCAAAAAAGUUAUAAAUGAAAUGAAUGGUGAAUUACCAUUGAAUGCUGAAAGUUUGAUGAAAUUCCUACCAGGUGUAGGUAAAUACACUGCCGCAGCUAUUUCAUCAAUUGCUUUUAAUGAAUCAGUUGGUCUUGUUGAUGGAAAUGUCAUACGUCUAUCACGUCUUCGAAUAAUUGGUGCUGACUCUUCCAGUAGUGUAGCAAUGGAAAUAUUUUGGAAACUUGCUGGAGAUCUUGUGAGUAAAGACCAACCUGGAAAUUUCAAUCAGGCAAUGAUGGAAUUAGGUGCAACAAUAUGUACUCCAAAGUCUCCAGACUGUCCUAAAUGUCCCAUCAAGGGUAUGUGUCUUGCUUACAGACAGUCACCAAAGUUCCAACGAAAAAUAACUAACUUCACCAACUCUCACAAACAACUAUCACAACAUUUAAAUGUGACAGACAUUGAAGAUACAUUUACGUCAGAAGAAGAUACAUAUUUUACCAACAACUGUGAGCUAUGUCUAUCAAAAGAUUCUUUCAAUUCUGAACUAGGAGUUUGCAACUACCCAAAAAAAGUGAAAAGAAAAGAAGUUAGAAAAGAGACAAUCGUCGUUUGUAUCUUAGAAGUUUAUAGUGGUGAAACUCAUCUGUUUUUAAUCAAAAGACCUGAAAAUGGAAUGUUACCUGGCCUAUGGGAAUUUCCAAAUUUCAUAACUGAAAAAGUACCUCCAUAUAAGAAUGAAAUCAAGAAAUUCAUGAACGAACAUUUCGAGAUGAAGGACGUUUCAAUAAACGAAAGAAAUGCAAAAUUUCUCGGCGUUGUCCUUCACCUCUUCUCACAUAAACAACACACGUACAACGUCCAUAAGAUUGCUAUCCUCGCAAAGUCUGAGCUGCCAAUUUUGAAGUCUGUGAAUGGUUUGGAAACGAAAUGGGUGAACGAGAAAACGUUUGAAGUUAGUGCCAUAUCGACUGCAAUGAAGAAAGUUUACCUUUUUCUAAAAAUGGAGGAGAAGUGAAGAAGACGAGUAGAAAGCGAAAACGCGGAACAGAGCAUCCUACAAAGAAACAAGAGAUUCUAGAUGCGUACUGUAUAAAAACCUGACUUUCUAUGAGAUAAGCUACGUAUAUUAUAGUCAGAAUAAAUACAUGUUAUUUAGAUACUUGUAAAUUAAAAACCAUUCCCUAUUUUAGUCAUGAUUUAUACCUAAGAUUUAUAAUUAUGUUAUGUUGAUUUGAAAGCCUCGAUUUGACCAGCUCUGCCAGAUCACAAUUUUGUAGUGGGGAUAAAAAAUAUGUCAAAGUUUGGCUCCUAAAAUAUUGUUACGAUAAUUUGAUAAAAUUGUUGAUUUAACACGCGGGAACAGAGGAAGACCACUUUUGAAGCUUACAAUAUCCAAAAUUUUCGUCAUUGCCUGCAAAGGAAAAUAAAAACCUGUAUCGUAUGAACGAAAAAAAAUGUCUCAACAACUUUACCGGCAAUUCAGUGGAAGUAUCAUCAUCAGAAACCAAUUCAUCCGACUUCUCUGAACAUUGAUCUUUUUCUAUGAAUGGAUAGAAUAAUUGAAAAAAACUCGUUCAAAUAAACUAAAAAUAACCAACUAUUGCAGCUAACCAAAGUUUACUGGCAAAACAUGAACAGAUAACUUGUGUCUUCGCUUUGACGACUGUGAAAUCAAAUUCUAGGAAAGAGAAAUUCAUAGCAAUGUAGAUUGUAUGCAAACAAAUUUGUUCAUAAUCAAUCCAAUCAAAUAGAUACAUUGUAAAAA